CAUGGUCAGAACGCUGAGAGGCAGUGAACAGCAGAGGUCUAACGUUAGCUCAGCUACUCAUUACGAUAGAGACACAUUCAACUGUGAGGACGUUUUGCUGUGAACAUUUCUGGAAGCAAAUGUUAACUUUCGGAUAGUACCGUUUGCUAGACUGUCUAGCGUUUCGGAGGCUAGCUUUCAGCGUACUCACUGGUGUUCUGCGGUGGAAAUAGCAAAAAUGUCGUCUCCAAGUCCGGGUAAAAGGCGAAUGGAUACCGAUGUGGUGAAACUCAUCGAGAGCAAGCAUGAAGUCACCAUCCUCAGCGGACUCAAUGAAUUUGUAGUGAAGUUUUUCGGACCACAAGGAACGCCGUACGAGGGGGGCGUGUGGAAAGUUCGAGUAGAUCUUCCUGAUAAAUACCCAUUCAAAUCGCCAUCAAUAGGAUUCAUGAACAAGAUUUUUCAUCCCAACAUUGAUGAAGCGUCAGGGACAGUGUGCUUAGAUGUCAUCAACCAGACAUGGACAGCCCUUUAUGAUCUGACCAACAUCUUUGAAUCAUUUCUGCCCCAACUGCUGGCUUACCCAAACCCCAUCGAUCCCCUGAACGGAGAUGCAGCUGCCAUGUACCUUCACCGGCCAGAGGAGUACAAGCAGAAAAUCAAAGAGUACAUCCAGAAAUAUGCAACAGAGGAGGCUCUGAAGGAGCAAGAAGAGGGGGCAGGCGACUCUUCAUCUGAAAGCUCCAUGUCUGAUUUCUCAGAAGACGAAGCCCAGGACAUGGAGUUGUAGUAAUAGGAGGGCUCCCCCAUCCCGCCCCCCUCCUUUAACCCCCACAGAGACUAUAUUUGAUUUCCUAACCAUGAAAAAAAGCAGACUUAUAAUAUUCAUAUUUAAACAAGUUGAUUUUUUUAUUAUUAUUAUUACUACUAAAACAAGGAUUUUUAUGGAUAUCUAGCCUUUGGUGUGUUUGACAGACACCCCUCCCAUUCUGUAGCUGUUUCUCCCUGCACAGAUUGUCGCGUUCACAUUCUCUGCCUGUCAUCUCCGCAUUCGUUAGGUGCGUCAUGUAGGAACUUUCCCUGUGAACAUCUGAUUUCUUCUACUCAAAAUCUUCACGUUAUAUAAAAAGUAUAACUUUUCCAGUUUGACCUGAAUCAUAAUUUUCCUUUCCUUUUCCACAAUGCUAACUGAUUCUGACCUCCUGUUAGUCGCCGCGCUACGGGGCUGCUUAGGUUUUCGCUUGCCUCCGUGUACGACACCACAGUGCUAUCCUGUAGUCGAGACAGUAUUCUUAAGGCACGCAAUCACACACACAAAGGUGUCUGAGCGCACCUUACACACAGUGCAGUGCCAAUAGACGCUCAUAAAUCCACCUCAGAUACUUCCUAAGCAUAUCUUUUUCAACAUAUUGACCGAGACAAAAAAAAAAGUUUGGAUGCUGUGUUGGCUGUUACAUUAUUUUUUUUUUUAGUUACUCUUUGCCGACCUGCUGCAGCAGCCUGAAAAACACAUGCUUAACAAAGUUUGGAAAACAAUUUACCGCAUGUCUCCUUUAUCAGGUGAGUGGCAAUGUGAUGACAAAGACACGAUCGGGGUGCUUUGUGGAUUUGUGGCACAUACACUAGCAGCACAAACUAAUGUGUAAAAUAAGGCAAUGAAGACAGAAGUGGCUCUACUACAAAAAGGCUUUCUGGUCAGACUCACUUGGUAUUAUGGGAACUGAAAACAGACCAGAGCUACCCUUUAACCAUCUGACCAUACGAGUUCCAUAAUUCAGGAGGCUCACAUUGUGCACGAUGCCUCUGUGUUACAAUCACCUGUAUUUUUUAUUUUUUGUUGUUUUUAGAAAGCAAAGAAUUAGUAUUAUUGAGCACGAGAAUGAUUAUUCUCACCUUUUCUGGUGUGUUUAGAAAACCAGCACCAAAGUCUCAAGCAGCAACAACAAAAAUGGUCAUAUGGUUACUGAGCGGAUCUGAAGAGUGAUUUGUGACUCUCCAUUCAGGUUAGUGUUGUAUCGGUCCUCCUCACAUUCCACUGUUACUCUGAAUUUGCUCCAAUGCAUGCCCUUCAUAUUGGUCUGACCUGUGGUAUGUACCCCGACUGCAUCGACUGGACCUUCCCCACACUUUGUUCUGCUUUACCAGGAUCUCGCUAGUUUGAAGAUUUCAAAAUAAGAAAACCCCCAAAUACAUGACAUUUAGGCUGGUAGCAUUUUUUUUAUUUUUGUUAAGGGGAAUUGAUUUCACAUGUACAGAUUUGACUCAAAAGAAAAAAAAAUAGCAUUGUUGAUUCAACGUGGCGGGUGUAAAUCCAUGGAAAGAAAUUGCAAUCGCAGCUUUGACUGUUUCUUCCUUUUCUUGUACUCUUCACAUUUUUUUUUUUAUUUUUUCCCGAUGGGGGGGUCGACACGUUUGGCUUAUUGUUUUUUUUUUUUUUUUUUGGUGUACAGCAUAUAUCUUGUACAGUGAUAAGACACCUCUCUGUAAGCCUCAUGAAAACUCAGUGUUGAACCCGUAAACACUGACCUAGUGUGGCUCGCCGAGGCCCGCGUGGCAGUCGAACUACCUAGAGAAGCUUGAAAUGUAUUCACUUCGUUAGAUUGCAGUAAGAAUCACUGGUUGCUUUGUGGCGGAUUGUGGAUCCCAAAAGCGGGAAGAUUCGAGGCCGAAUCGCGCUUUUUGGGUGAGUCACCUCAUCACCUCCUAUCUCUACUCCCUUCUUCUGUGCCUCAUCACAAACGGAACUUGACCCACAAAAACCACGUUUCCAAAAAAAAAAAAAGUGAAGGUCAAACAAACAAACUUAAGAAAAGCACAUUGUUUUAACUCUUGACCUACUUUUACUCGCCUCUCCCUGCAAAAUUUGAUCCUGUACAAUUUGUGAUUUUGACAUUUCCCCCCACCGUUGCACAUUCUGUUGGGAACUACCCAGGGCUGAGUGGCAGAAAGGUUUAAUUUGAGCUAAUGUUAGACUUUUAUGGCUCAGGUUUGAAAUCCAGUUUGGUUGCAUCUUGCAUUGUGAUUCACAUUUUCACCCCGGAAGGUUCUUGCAAGGAUGGAAAAAUCAUGCUAAUAUUUGUUGAUCUGUGUUUUUGACAUGUCAGGAUAGUUAGUUUUGCUGGGUGGUGACUUCAACUAAACAUAUGCUUAUAUGGCUGUGAUACAGAUAGAGUUAGGUAGUUUGGUAUACUUACCUGAUAAAGAAUUCAUCCGAUUAUUUUUUAUUUUAAGUCUGUUUUGUGGUUAAUAUGUGAGAUACCCCAUAGACAUGCCUGCUUGUCUUCUUUCAGAUUCAGAGUUGUACAGAUGAGUGUGAGUGAUUUCAAACUAGGGUGACGUUUGACCUGUAGUGAGCCUGAUAGAUCUAACUGUACAGAAAUCAAAGGUUGUGGUUCAAGCCCCCUUUUUUUUUUUUUUUCAAGAGAUUUGGAUUUUUCUCCGUAAGCAUGAUUUAUACCUGUGCUCAUGAAUAUCAUCACAAUACAGACGCAGCCCUGAUCCUUUUGGUUCGUUUUUAAUUUGCCAAUAUUUAUCAGACAAAGUGUUUUAAGCUCUGGGAUAAUAAUUUUCUCUCACCGGGCCUGAGGAGGUUUUGAAUGUUAGCUUUCAGCCGUUUUAACAGUCGCAGGGCUUGUGAUCGUCAGCAUGUUCGAGGCAGUAUAAAGCUACGUGAAUGUUUUCCGUGUGUUUGUGGUGAGGUUCGUGAUAUACAUCCACUAACGGGACAAGCCUUCCCCCAUCCUUACGAUCGGCUUUUCCCCUUAAACUGCUGAUUACAUUGCGUUUAUUCACACAGAGAGCCCCCUUUUUUUUUGUUUUUGUUUGUGUUUGUUUUUAACCUUGUGUCAUCCAGCACCAUCCUUGUAUGGUUCGGCUAAAUUAUUACACUGAUGAGAACUUGACCUUAAGUUUCUUUGUUAUAAGCGACUCAGAAAUCUUGUUUUACAUUUGUGCAGUAUUGUACUCGAGUGCUGAAAAUAUAGUAUAUCCAAGUUGAGAGUUGUAAUAAAAUAGCACAUUAUGAUGCAGUGGUGCAACAGGGGACUGAUGGGGUUUUUGGUUUUGUUUUGUUUUUUCAAAAAAAAAAAAAGAAGAAGAAACAAACGGACUCUUAUGUUUGGGUAAAAUCAUACAUUUGGUUUCCAGCAUUAUUUGCUUCUGCUGAGCAAUAAAUUGAUGACGUACUCGGCCGUGGCCUGGAGUUGCUCUGCUAAACCAUCAGAUCUUUUCAGUGGCCUCCCUUGUUCUGUUUUCUUUUUUUUGCUCCCCACAUUUGCUUAUUCAGUGUCAACAGAACUGAUUACUGCCUUCAUUAUUUGAGUUCUCUUUAACUCAAGAAUUAAAACAUCCUCGAGCCAGUGAAUGAUUCUGCUUUCCACUGCAACUUGAAUUCUAAAUUAUUUUGGACAAUGAAUGGGGGGAGGGAUAAAAAAAAAACUGUGCUUUUAUUUAAUUUCCUUUCGGCUUUCUCCCCUUCACCUCUUCUGCUUCAACACCACACAGUUACAGAUAAUGUUUUAACAACCCACAGUGACGACGUUAAUGUGUCGGGAUAGACGAGGGCCUCCAAAUUUCUGCGUGAGGAAGCCCAGCGCAGAGCCAUAACUACAAACACACACUCCCCCCUCCUCGCCCUGCUGGAUGUAAUAAGGAUGAAGGGCUUGAGCUAAGUGAACGGACCGGUCUAUCAUUAAUCCAUAGACAAGACGUCCAAGGCCCAUUCUCUGUUUUUUUUUUUUUUUUUUUUAUCAGCACAGCUGCAGAGAAGCAGCACCCUGAUCCUGUAAAACCACCUCCCCCUCCAUGUGUUGACUGUGUCUCCCUGGGCAGUUGCAUGCUUCUGGUGUGGAGUCGAGGCUCUGCUUGAUGCACACCUCCCAUUCUGUCUUGUGCUUGUGUGGAUUUGUGCCCCGUGCCGGUGGCCGACCGCCGCCAUCAGGGGAUUUAACAGGCACACAGAGCAUGGAAAAUGGCAGAUUUCUUUUUUUUUUUUCCUUUUUUUUUUUUUUUUUUUUAUAGAAACUACGUAUUUGGUACCUAGUGUGUGAUACUUGAGGGUAUAAAAAGUCAAAAGGUUUAUUUUUUUGUUUUGGAAAAAAAAAAGAGUCCAUUCUUGGUCUUAUUUUUAUCACCUUCUUUACCCUCCUCUUGUUUUUUUUUUGUUUUGUUUUUUUUUCUUUGCAUUGUGAAGUGGGCAUGCUUGUCAAAAAGACAAAUGCUCUCUAUUAAUAGGCUUAUAACCUCAUAAAUAGUUGUGUAUAAAAUAAACUGUUAUAACUUCUUUUUUAAUAAAACAUUCAAUGUGUAUA